AAAAUUUAGUACCUGUAGUUGACUUUAUAUCGAAUAUUUAUAGUAUUAAUAAAACUAAAAUAUUUUGAUAACUUAAUUUCUAUAUCAUUCGGUAGUGAAAUGUAUGACUACAGCACUAAGAUCGUGAAUGUAGUGAUUUGUGUUAUAUUUGAAUAUAGUGAUUUUAGUUGAAUCAUUUCGGACAUGAAAUAUGGAUUUGUCUUGUACAAACUCACCCAAAAUUGUAGGUAUAUAUCUUUGAUAUAUUGUAAAUAUAUGUAUAUUUCUUUUCGGUUUUAUCAAAUGUAUGUAUGAUAUACGUUCUCUGCAAAAACCAAUUGCUUCGCUCUGAUAACACAUUACGGAGAAAAUUGUAACCCUAAAAAAGCAAUAAGUGAGCAAACAACACGUAGGUGUUUUAUUGAUAAGAAUUUCAUCUGCUGCGGUUGAAAGUUUUGCGAUGUUGAAAGCUGUUAUCCUUGUUGGAGGCCCUCAAAAAGGUACACGCUUUCGUCCCCUUUCCUUAGACACACCGAAGCCUUUGUUUCCAGUGGCCGGUCGACCUAUUAUACAGCAUCAUAUUGAAGCAUGCUUACGAUUACCUGAAUUAAAAGAAAUUCUUAUUAUUGGGUAUUAUCCCCUAGUUCAAAUGGAAAAUUUUGUCACUGAUAUGCAAAAUUUGUAUAAUAUUAAUAUUAGAUACUUACAGGAAUUUACUUCGUUAGGAACUGCAGGCGGAAUGUACCACUUUCGCGAUCAAAUUCGAUCCGGCAAUCCUUGUGCAUUUUUUGUUUUAAAUGGUGAUGUAUGCGCUGAUUUUCCUUUACAAGAUUUAUAUUCAUUUCAUAGGCAGCAUACUGAUACGGCCCUGGUGACCAUUAUGAGCACUGAGGCAACGCGACAGCAAUCGCUGCAUUAUGGAUGCCUAGUAUUUGAUCGUAACAGCGGGGUAGUGUCGCAUUAUGUAGAAAAGCCAAGCUCAUAUGUAUCUACUUUUAUUAAUUGUGGUGUGUACGUGUGCUCCACGGAUAUAUUUGCUCAUUUAGCCGACGUAUUUUAUUCAAAAAGUCAGGAAUACACAAAUCACAGUUUAAUUAACGGUGCCAAUGGCAAGGAUCAAGGACAUAUUCAAUGGGAACAGGAGGUUUUAACACCGCUUGCUGGUACCAGAAAACUCUACGCAAUGCCAGUACCGAAUUGGUGGUCCCAAUUAAAAACUGCUGGCUCAGCCAUUUACGCUAAUCGCCAUUUUUUGGAACUUUACAAAAAUGCACAUCCAGAGAGGCUGGCUAACGCUGGAACGAAGCUAAGUGAACAGGACUCUAAUUUGGUAUGCACAGUUCUCCCCGAUGUUUAUAUUCAUCCAAGUGCCACAAUUCAUUACAGUGCAACGCUGGGACCAAAUGUUUCUAUUGGACCAGGAGUUACCGUCGGUCCAGGCGUUCGAAUUCGAGAAUCUAUUAUACUUGAAAAUGCAGUCAUAAAAGAUCAUACAUUGGUAUUGCACUCAAUUGUGGGUAGGGGAUCCAUAAUUGGCCAGUGGUCGCGAGUAGAAGGUACUCCGUCUGAUCCUGAUCCGAAUAAGCCAUUUGCCAAAAUGGAAAAUCCACCGUUAUUCAAUAAAGAGGGUAAACUUAAUCCUUCAAUUACGAUAUUGGGAUGUUUUGUACAAGUGCCGUCUGAGAAAAUUUUAUUAAAUAGCAUUGUCUUGCCGCACAAAGAAUUGUCUAAAAAUUUCAAGAAUGAAAUAAUACUGUAAUUUAAUAUUGUUCUAUAUAUUAAACUUUUAUGUCGGUUCUAUG